AAGAAAGUCUCACUGUCGCGAUCACUGUCACAGUAGACGAAGCUAAAAAUACAUUAUUUGAGUGAUAUUCAUUAGAAGACUCACGAUGUUGGGUUACUUCGGGCUGGCCGAAGUGCUCGGCGCAAUCGCGGUGCUCUUAGUUGGAGUUUGGUUUUACUUCGAUUCCACGUACAAAUACUGGAAGAGGCUAGGGGUGCCAGGUCCAGAGCCUGUUGUUUUUUUCGGUAAUUUUAAGGAUGUCGUAUUAGGUAGACGAUUCAUUGGCGAUUGCUUGGUAAGUUUGGCCAAUCAAUUUCCUAACGAACCUCUGGUCGGUAUUUACGAGAAUCGGGAGCCUCGGGUGAUUUUGAAAGACCUUGAUAUUAUCAAGGAUGUCUUGAUAAAGGAUUUUUCCUGUUUCUCCGAAAGAGGAGAAUUAGUUAACGAGAGUAUCGAUCCACUUGACAUCCAUCUGGGUUUUUUGGACACUAAAAGAUGGCGAUAUCUGCGGUCGAAAUUGUCUCCACAGUUCACUUCGGGAAAAAUGAAAAACAUGUUCAACCUGAUGAAGCAAUGCGCGAACCACUUUGAGGAAUACUUGCAUGUCGUAACGGCUAGAGAUGAUACAAUAGAAUGUCGAGAGUUAAGCGCUAAAUAUACCACCGAUGUAAUCGGCAGCUGUGCAUUUGGCUUGGAUUUCAAUACAAUUGGAGACGAAGACACCGAGUUCACCAUGAUUAGGAAGAAACUGUUCGAAAUGACCCCGACUCGCAAAUUUCUCGAAGCGAUUCGAUCAACAGCACCGUGGCUCUACCAUCUGCUAGGAAAAUCCACAACUCCCGCAGAAGUUGUAAAAUUUUUCCUUCGAACGGUAAAGGAAAUGAGGGAGCACCGAAACCGAACGAAUACAAAAAGGGGAGACCUAAUCGACACGUUGAAUGAAAUUAAGCAGGGUCAAAGCAAUACUGACAUUGAGUUAACGGAUACACUUCUCACGGCUCAGGCAUUCGUGUUUUUCGUCGGUGGUUUCGAAACUUCUGCCACAACUAUAAGUAACGCAUUAUAUGAGUUAGCUAAGCGCCAGGAGUGUCAGGAUAAACUAAGGCAGGAGAUACUCGAUUUACUGUCUCAAAAUAAUGGAGAAAUCACAUACGAAGGUGUCAAGGGGAUGAAGUACAUGCACAUGGUAUUCCAAGAAAUACUUCGACUAAGACCGCCAGCUCCCGUGUUGAUCAGAGCAGCGCUGAGAGAUUAUACUUUCAAUGGUACGAAUGCAACGAUUCGAAAAGGACAGAAGUUCUUCAUUUCGAUACAGCAAAUCCAUAUGAAUCCUGACAUCUAUCCGGACCCCAAAGUCUUCGAUCCCGAGAGGUUUUCCGAGGAUAAUAUCAAAGCCAGGCAUCCGUUGGCUUGGCUACCUUUUGGCGACGGCCCUAGGAGCUGCGUAGGUGCACGGUUUGCUGUUCACAUAACGAAGCUGGGGUUGCUGAAAAUACUAUCCAAUUUCAAAGUUGAAACUUGUGCAAAAACUUCAAAGGAACUGAUAAACACCCCCAGCUCGCUUCUCAUGAAACCGAUCGGCGGCAUACACCUCAAAUUCGCGAAGCUCACAUGAUUGCAAUGACAAUGUCCGAUCAAUAAAGCAGUCGCAAAUUUUUGACAA